GCAGCGGAAACGCCCCCAAACUCACUCACUCACACAGCUACUAGCAGCAGUAUGUUCGUCUUCGACUGGUUCUACAACGUGCUGGGCUACCUCGGCCUGUACCACAAGAAUGCCAAGAUCCUGUUCCUGGGUCUGGACAACGCCGGCAAGACCACCCUCCUGCACAUGCUCAAGGACGACCGCGUCGCCGUCCACGAGCCCACGCUCCACCCCAACUCUGAGGAGCUGAUCAUUGGCAAGCUGCGUCUGCGCACCUUCGACCUGGGCGGCCACGAGACUGCGCGCCGGCUGUGGCGGGACUACUUCGCCACGGUGGACGGCGUGGUGUUCGUGGUGGACGCGCUGGACCGCGAGCGCUUCCCCGAGUCGAAGCGUGAGCUGGACACGCUGCUGGGCUACGACGAGCUGGCCAACGUGCCGUUCCUGGUGCUGGGCAACAAGAUCGACGUGCCGCGCGCCGCGUCCGAGGAAGAGCUGCGCAGCGCGCUGGGCCUGUACGAGACGUUCGGCAAGGAGUCGUCCAGCGGCGACAAGGACGCCAGCAUCCGCCCCAUCGAGCUGUACAUGUGCUCAGUGGUGCGCCGGAUGGGUUACGCCGACGGCUUCCGCUGGAUGGCCCAGUUCUUGUAGAUGACGGAUCGACCGGUGUCGCCGCCCCCCGCGCAGAGCGUGCCGGCGUAUUAGCAGAGAAAGGAGAAGAGAAGGAAGAAGGAGCAGGUCAGGGAGAGAGAGAGAGAGGAGAGGAGGAAUGGAAUAAACGAACGCCACACAAAAUC